CGUAAAUCCGUGUCUCUUCUCUCUCGUAUUCGUGUGUUCGUAUAAUUAACCUGGUAUCAGAGCCUUCUGUGACCGAGAGGUCUUGUGUUCGAUUCCCGGUGACCCCCAUUUGUGAAGCACAUGAUAUUCUUGUCUUCAGACCUGUGCAAACUUCAAGCCCUUGUGAGUGGCUUUCGUUUGAGGGGGCGUGCUAGUAUUGUGGUAUAUGAUCAACGAUUGAACCUCUCCCAACAACUCGAGUUAUUGGGACCAACUGAUUCUUGACAUGGCCGUCGCUCUGAGAUGAUCAAUGAUAAAUGAAAUCCCUUUCUUUUCUCUCUACGAACGAUUUGAAAAAAACCUUAACAGUUUGCAGUUUCAAACCGCAACCGCGCGGUUUGGAAGCGACCGACCGCUAAACCGUUAACCGUUUUAUGAGCAAACCACAUUCAGACCGCAAUCUUAUUGGUGCGGUUUGGAUUGACCGUAAAUGCGGUUUGGUACGGUUUGGUGCGGUUCGGUCAAACCAAUGUCCACCCCUACUUCCCAGGUUCUCUUCUUCUUUUUUUAUUCGGACAACAACUAUACAUUUUUUUCACUUGCAGGUUUAGCAUUGUAAUUGUUACCCUGCUAAAUGGGUAUAAACGGGUAGUUUGGGUACCCGUUAUCCGUCCCGUACGGGUAACGGGUACCCGUUAACCUUUAUGGGUUUGGGAGAUGGGAUGGACUUUGCUCUCUAAACGGGAUUGGGUACCCGUUUCAAACGGAACGAGUAUUUCGUCCCGUCCCGUUGCACACCCCUACUGACCAUCUAAGAUAAUGGUCAAAUUUUGGGUUUGGUCAAUUUCAUAAUUUUGGUGCAUAAUUAAGGCCAUCAAAUUAUAGAUAAAAAAAAAUUGAAUAUAUUAAUAAAAAAAGACAGAGAGAAAAAAGAUAACCAAAAUAAGUCAGAAGCCUCCAGAAAGUCUGCCGAAGACGAAAGAAAAAUUAAUAAGGAUUUGGGUAAUGGAGGUGCGACUCUGUGAAUCUAUUCUCCCACCAUAAUAAUGGCAUUUCUUCUGCAUUCAGCGGCAGCAACCAAGACAGCCAUAGCAGCCUCUGCUCUUCUUACUCCUACAGCUUUCACUCUCUUUCCGUCCCCAAGUACCAAAACCCUCAAACCUACUUUCAUUUCAUUCUCUUCUUCUUCUUCCACCUCCUUUGCUUUCUCUCCGGCUCCUUUUAGCCUUCUCAAUCAUCGGACGCAGCCUCUCACUGCCGUCACCAUGGACGCACCCACCUCCGAUCACAACCAACCAACCUCUCAGGAAAAUGGCGACUUGCUCCCUGACCUUCUUACGGAAUUCAUGGUGGAUAUGAGCUGUGAAGGGUGUGUUAAGUCAGUGAAGAACAAGUUGCAGACUUUGAAAGGCGUAAAGAAUGUGGAAGUGGAUUUAAGCAAUCAAGUGGUUAGGGUUCUUGGCUCUUCGUCUGUGAAGGAGAUGACUGAAGCUUUGAAGCAAACCAGUCGAAAUGCCCGACUAAUCGGCCAGGGAGUUCCUGAAGACUUUUUGGUGUCUGCUGCUGUUGCGGAAUUCAAAGGCCCAGAUAUCUUUGGAGUAGUUCGCUUUGCUCAAGUGAACAUGGAAUUAGCUAGGAUUGAAGCCAAUUUCAGUGGGUUGUCACCUGGAAAACACGGAUGGUCCAUCAACGAGUUCGGUGACCUCACAAAUGGUGCAGCCAGCACAGGAAAGGUGUUUAAUCCUCCAAAUGAGAGCUCUGGAAACGAGCCGCUUGGUGACCUGAGAACAUUAGAAGCCGAUGAGAAGGGGAAUGCCUUCUUCUCUGGUGCCAAACAAAAGCUACGCGUCGUUGAUCUGAUUGGCAGAUCUGUAGCAGUGUACGAAACCGAAGACAAAUCAGAUGCAGGCUUGACAGCAGCUGUCAUUGCUAGAAGUGCUGGAGUCGGAGAGAACUACAAAAAGCUAUGCACUUGUGAUGGAACAACCAUUUGGGAAUCUAGUGAUAAAGAUUUUGUGGCGAGCAAAGUCUAAUGAAAAAUGCCGUCGUGCAGCUCUUUUGUAUGAUUUCUGUAUCUUUCACUUGCCAGGUUUACAACACUUGCGAUAUCGUUUACACGAUGUGUACAAGUGCAAUGGAGGCCUAUUUAGGCUUGCCUUGCCAACUAUAGAUCUAUAAUAAACCGUUGAUGGCUCAUUUGGUGUAUCAAGGUCUGGAAGGAUUGUACAGCAACAAACAACCAGGGAAUCAGGCCUCAAAGAGGCAACAAUCCAUGUUUCUUAGCGAUUUCAUAGAGGUCUAUGGCCAUCAAAGCCUUGGCAUCAGCCGUCACACGCCAGAGGGUAUGAGGUCGCCAUGGUCUCGUAGGCCAGUUUCUUUCCCUUGCAGCUGUGUGAUGACAUCUUUGUCAACGCUUCCUCUGUGAAGGAACAGGCUAAUUUCCUCAUCACAUCCACCCUCACAAUACACCCAAAAGAAGAAGGGCAGAGUCAGUAUGUCUACGUAUUUUAAAUGACACAAAAACAGGGAACAAAAGAAGUACGUCUUAACAUACAGGGGACGAUCAUGAGUAAGGGUUAAGGAUUUUCGGUGAUAAUAAUAUUGACUGUGUCAACUACAGCUCUCUGUGGAGUGUGUCGUAUUUCUUUCUACAUUAUUUUCGUGGUCUGAUUGACCUACCGAUAGGUGGAAAAAUCCUAAAGUACACUAGUUCUUAAAAAAAUCCUCAAAAUACAUAAAAUUUCAAAAUUACACAUGUUUGGCAUUCAUCGUUUUUGACAAACGCAGUGAAUAUAAUCACCGUGUUUGUCAAAACGGUGAAGACAUCACCGUUUAAGUUAAAAGCGGUUAAAACAUCACCAUCUUAGGAUAAAGCGGGGAACAUCUUCACCGCCUCAGGCUAAGGCGGUGAUUAUUUCCCACGUUUCCCAACCCUGGUAGGUGAAAAUUAGGUCACAACUACCUAAUGUUCACCGUUUGAGACAAACGCGGUGAUGUUGUUCACCGUUUAAGACAAAGGCGGUGAAAGGAAAAGCGACGCGGAUUGCUGACGCAAACAAACACGGGGUAUUCACCAUGUUUGUCCACGUCAGUGAUCCGCGUCGCUUCAUCGUGGCCUACAGAAACAGUUUAAUAUACACCGCGUUUCAGUAAAACGGUGAUCUGUUCACCGUUUGCCUCUAAAACGGUGAUUGACUCGCUCGUUGUUCACCGUGUUAGAGAAGAACGGAGAAUACGUGACCGUUUUUUUUCAACGGUGAAAUAUUCACCGUCUUUGUCAAAUGCGGUGAUAGUCUUCACUGCGUUUGUCAAAAACGGUGAAUGCCAAACAUAUGUACUUUGGAAAAAAAAUUUAUAACUUAUGUAUUUUGUGAAUUUUUUUAAGAACAUGUGUAGGUGGGAUUUUUUCCCGAUAGGUUCAUAACAUAAUUGUUUAACUUCUCACUUUGCCGCUCGAUUCCAAUUGUCGUAUUUUCCAGACAACAACCCCCUCUCUCUCAUCCACCAACAACCAAUUAUGUUAUCUUCUGAAACAAGAGCAUGCUCAUAUCAUGCUUUAUCACUCGAUUUUCCAUGAUUUAAUAAUGUGAAAUGAAGACUCACGGCAAUAUGCAACUCCCUAAAUGGUAUGAUUAUCAAUUGAUGUCAAAACCACCUUCAUUCUGGAUACUAUCUGCUAGGGUGUGGAAUGGUCCGGUUUGAUACGUAACAUGUGAAAAUUGCGGUCCAAUGAUAUAAGAGAUAUUAGAAUCAACGAUUGGACAAUGAUUGCACUCAUUAUAGUUUGAUCUGAUUUGAGUCGGUCUAAAUCAUAAUUCGUUUUUUUUGUCUUCAAUAUUUAUAAAAUUUGUGGGACAAA